AUGACCAAGAUCUUCCCCGUCUACUUCUCCAUGCAAACCGCCAUCCCCAUCGUCCUCGCCUUGACCUACCCCGGCGCCACAACGGCGUUUGGAUCUGCUGGUGCCGCUGGGAUCGUCGGCGUUCUGGACCCGGAUAACAGGUGGUUGGUUCUGGCCCCCAUUGCCGCCAUCUUCUUGACGGGUGUUGCCAAUCUCGCGGUGGUCGGACCGGCUACUACCAAGUGUAUGAAGGAGAGGAAGCAUCAAGAAACAAAGGACGGCAAGAAGAGCUACGAUGCUCCCCCACACUCUCAAGAGAUGACUGCGCUCAACAAGCGCUUCUCCCAGCUCCACGGCAUUUCGUCGCUCCUAAACCUGGGAAAUCUCAUCGCUGCUGUUGCGUACGGCUUCACUUUGGCUUCACGCCUUGAUUAG